GUUUUAAUCAUUGUGCAGUAAAAGUUCUUUAAGAAGGAUUACGCCUGCACUUUUUAAAGGACUGUGCAAGUAUCUCAGUAAUGAAUCAGGCAAAAAUCAAGCGCAGAGUUGGUAAAUAUGAAAUGGGAAGGACAAUUGGUGAGGGAACAUUUGCUAAAGUUAAAUUUGCGAGGAAUUCGGAGACAGGAGAACCUGUAGCGAUCAAAAUUCUUGACAAGGAUAAGGUCCUUAAGCACAAAAUGGCUGAGCAGAUAAAACGGGAGAUAGCUACAAUGAAGUUAAUCAGGCAUCCACAUGUUGUUCAGUUAUACGAGGUGUUGGCUAGCAAGACAAAGAUAUUCAUUGUUCUGGAGUUCGUUACAGGUGGAGAGCUCUUUGACAAAAUUGUAAAUCAUGGACGGAUGCAUGAAAAAGAAGCAAGGAAAUAUUUUCAGCAGCUUAUUAAUGCUGUUGAUUACUGUCAUAGCAGGGGAGUCUACCAUAGAGAUUUAAAGCCUGAGAAUUUACUGUUGGAUGCCUCAGGAAACCUCAAGGUUUCUGAUUUUGGAUUGAGUGCUCUGUCCCAGCAAGUCAGGGAUGAUGGCUUACUCCACACCACAUGUGGAACUCCCAACUAUGUUGCUCCUGAGGUACUCAAUGAUCAUGGAUAUGAUGGUACAACCGCGGAUCUGUGGUCGUGCGGAGUCAUACUCUUUGUAUUGCUUGCAGGUUACUUGCCUUUUGAUGACUCCAAUCUUAUGAACCUGUAUAAAAAAAUCUCUGCUGCUGAAUUUACAUGUCCUCCUUGGAUGUCUUUUGGUGCUAUGAAGUUAAUUACUCGCAUCUUGGAUCCGAACCCUAUGACACGUAUCACCAUCCCAGAAAUUCUGGAGGACGAGUGGUUCAAGAAAGAUUAUAAAUCUCCCAUUUUUAAUGAGAAAGGAGAUGCCAACCUGGAUGAUGUUGAAGCUGUCUUCAAGGAUUCUGAAGAACAUCAUGUAACAGAGAAAAAGGAAGAGCAGCCAACUCCCAUGAAUGCAUUUGAGUUGAUUUCAAUGUCAAAAGGACUCAACCUUGGGAAUCUCUUCGAUGAACAGGGAUUUAAGAGAGAAACAAGGUUCACAUCUAAAUGCUCGGCCAAUGAAAUUAUCAGUAAGAUUGAAGAAGCUGCGAAGCCCCUCGGUUUUGAUGUUCACAAAAAGAACUACAAGAUGAGACUUGAAAAUGUCAAAGCUGGAAGAAAAGGGAACCUUAAUGUUGCCACUGAGGUAUUUCAAGUUGCCCCUUCUCUUCAUAUGGUUGAAGUGCGGAAGGCAAAAGGAGAUACUUUGGAAUUCCACAAGUUUUACAAGAAUCUUUCGACUAGUCUAGAGGAUGUAGUGUGGAAAACUGAAGAGGACAUGCAAGAUAGGUAGUAUUACUACCAUGAACUGCAAUUGCAUAAGCUUUUGCUGGUGCUACAAUCUGUGUAAAAAAACUUUGCAACUUCUUUCUUUCCCUUUUUGUUAUUUGGUCUGUUCUUUGUAGUGGGACUUAUUUCUCCCAUGAGCUAAUGGCCAACUGUUUCAUUUCAUCAUGGAGUAGGACUUUUGUUCCUAUUUGAUUUGCAGUUUGUAUAACUGGUAUACACUUUUGAGAAAUGUAUACAACUUUUCAGCUCCCUCAAGAAAAAAACAUCCACUAAGGAGGAAUUAUCCUUU